CACAUCCCAGCACUUACCUGCGCUUCUCGGCCUACUGGAGCUGUUACGCAAAUUAGAGCUGCAUCCGCGAUUGAAGUCCUGUGAUUCUGUGAACUGCGAAGCGAGACUGCGACGAGGGUGAAGGAGCUGGCCGAGCUGCGAAGUGAACCAGCGAGGGUGAAGCGUCGUCCGCCGAGCUGGCCCAGCACACCGCCUACGUCGUCCUCCCACCUGCGUCGUCCGCCGCCGCCGGUCCGCCCUUCUUCUUUGGAGUCUGGACUCAGUCCGCCCACCUGCGCCUUCCUCCAGCCCACCCCACAUCUGAAUCCCGGAUCCGCCCCUGGUUGACGCCACAACGGCCGGACAAGCACAGGAGGACUACCAAACGCCGCCACCGCGCCUCGCCACCGCGCAUCCAGCCUGGUGAAUCGGUGAUUCCGCUCGGCUCUGGGAUCUCACAGGCUCGCGGAACCUGCUUAUAAGAAGGCUGUCAGUAUGGAUGAGCAACAGGAGGCGGAAAGAUUUGGAAUGGAAAAUGAUUUUGAGGGUGGUCGGUGGAUUGAUGGUGAGUAUUACUACAGGGCCCGCAAGGAAAAAUCGGUGCAGACCAAGGAUGAUGUUCUCUAUGGUGUUUUUGCUUCUGGAGAUAGCGAUUCAGAUUAUGAGGGGUCAGGAUUAGGCUCCUCGAAGAAGCGGAGGAAAGAACUUUCGAAGAAGCCAGACCUUUCCAAACCUGUUAAUUUCGUUUCCACGGGUAGUGUAAUGCCCAACCAGGAAAUUGAUCAAAAGCAUAAGGAGGAGGGCAAAAAAGUAGAGGAUGUUGAUGAUAGGCCCCCAGUUCUCGGGGUAGGAGCAUCUUCUUCUGCCAUUGGAUUUGGUUCAAAGACCAUUCAUGAGGAUGUAGACAGUAGAGAUCUUGAGAACUUUCUACCAUCUGCUUUUGGGAAGAUGAUCCAAAAAGGUGCCUUGUUGAGGAAGGAAAAGGAAAAGGAGAAGUCAAUGCAACUAAAAAAUGCAUCUCAUACCGGAGGGAGAAGAGAAACAGAUGCUGGUGAUGUUGGUGCAUUUGAGAAGCACACUAAAGGAAUUGGGAUGAAGUUGCUUGAAAAGAUGGGCUAUAAGGGAGGUGGCCUUGGGAAGGAUGAACAGGGUAUCACUGCCCCCAUCGAAGCAAAGCUGCGGCCAAAGAAUAUGGGUAUGGGUUUCAAUGACUACAAAGAGGCUGCUGUGCCAAAACUUCAAGAAUCAGAAGUAAAAUCCUCCCCUCAGCCUGUGGAGACGUUGAAAAGCCACACAAAAGAGAAGCCUUGGCUAAAGAAAGCUUCAAAAAAGAAGUUUUAUAUAACCGCAGAAGAGUUACUGGCUAAGAAGCAAGAGCAGGGACUUGAAGUCGUUCAAAAGGUGUUUGACAUGAGAGGUCCACAAGUUCGAGUUCUGACAAACCUGGAGAACCUAAAUGCUGAAGAGAAAGCAAGGGAAAAUGAUAUUCCUAUGCCCGAACUUCAGCACAAUGUCAGAUUGAUUGUAGAUUUAGCUGAACUCGACAUACAAAAAAUUGAUCAAGAUUUGAGAAAUGAGAGGGAGAAGGUGGUUGCUUUACAGAAGGAGAAGGAGAAACUCCAAUCCGAGGCAGUCUUCCAGAAAAAACAGCUUGAAAAUAUGGAAUUUAUAGUGACCGAGUUGGAUCAGAUGGAUGAAGAAAGUAAAGUUGGCACAUUGACCCUUGACUCACUUAUGAAGUCAUUUCUGAAUCUGCAACAGCGGUAUGCUGAUGAUUAUAAACUCUGUAAUUUGUCAUCCAUAGCAUGCUCAUAUGCUCUCCCUCUGUUUAUUCGAGUAUUUCAGGGAUGGAACCCACUUCAAAACCCUACUCAUGGAUUAGAGGUUGUUUCGUUGUGGAAGGAUCUGUUGCAAGAUAAUUCUUUUGGCUACUCUGAUAUGGCAUCUCCUUAUACGCAGCUGUUCAUGGAAGUAGUUUUUCCUGCUGUGAGAAUAUCUGGAACCAACACUUGGCAGGCAAGAGACCCAGAACCCAUGCUCCGGUUUUUGGAAUCCUGGGAAAAGCUGUUUCCUCCUGUAGUUCUUCAUGCCAUUCUUGAUAAUGUUGUUUUGCCCAAGUUAUCAGCUGCUGUUGACACAUGGGAUCCACGCCGGGAGACAAUCCCAAUUCACUCUUGGAUUCAUCCAUGGCUGCCUUUGUUGGGACAAAAACUGGAGAAGUGCUAUCACACGAUACGUUACAGAUUGGAAAGUGUACUUCAUGCCUGGCACCCAAGUGAUAUGUCUGCAUACUACAUACUGUCACCUUGGAAGACUGUAUUUGAUCCAAACAGUUGGGAAAAACUCAUGGCCAGAUUCAUUGUCCCAAAGUUGUUGGCUGUCAUGCACGAAUUCCAAGUAAACCCAGCAAAUCAGAACCUUGAUCAGUUUUACUGGGUACGGACAUGGGCUACUGAUGUUCCAAUCCAUCACAUGGUUCAACUUUUUGACAUAUUCUUCAACAAGUGGCUAGAAGUUCUGUAUCAUUGGUUGUGUUCAAACCCAAAAUUUGAAGAAGUUACCAAAUGGUUUUUAGGUUGGAAGGAAAUCUUACCUCCUGAAGUUGUUGCACAUGAACAUAUACGGGAUAGGAUUAAUGUUGCUCUGGGUAUGAUGAGCCAGGCAGCUGAAGGCUUGGAAGUGAUACAACCAGGUUUAAGAGAGAAUAUAAGUUAUCUCAGAGUGCUGGAACAAAGGCAGUUUGAGGCCCAAAAAAAGGCUGCAGCAGCUCAAGCUCAACAACAUGCUUCUGCAAACUUAAGCGGUGGAUUCCAUGGGGAGGGUAUAGGCAGUGAAAAUGCGAUGAGCUUGAAAGAAAUAAUUGAAAUUCAUGCACAACAGAAUGGUUUGCUAUUCCUGCCAAAGCCAGGGAGGAUGCAAGAUGGUCUUCAAAUAUAUGGCUUUGGUAACAUUAGCAUAGUAGUAGACACCCUGAACCAGAAGAUAUUUGCUCAAGCUGAGGACAAAUGGUCAUCAGUGUCUCUUGAUCAGCUUUUGGAGCUACAUAGUCGAUAUGGGUUAAAGAGACGAUAAGUAAAGAUUGCAUUUUUUGCAAUUGCUAAAAUGCUUUGUUUUCACAGGCUUUUUGGAUAUCUUGUGCUUCUCUAUGUAAACUCAAUUUCCAAUCGAUAUCCGAAUAUCAAAUGCUUAUCUUCACCUUCUAUACUUAUUUUGAGUUCAAUUAGUCUUUGGUCCAGUUAUUUCUAGCUCUUGAUUAUGGUGGCCUAUGUGUUCGAUUUUUAUUUUAUUCAUAUAUGGAACUGGAAGUACUACCACUUUGAUUAUUAUUAGAGCUUAAAGGGUCCCUUAAGACUAGAAAGUAAUUGGCAUUUUUUCGUUAUUUAUCUUUCUUUUUAAGAACUUGUAAUCAUGAAUCAGCUAUGUAUGCUCAAUUUUUUUCAUCUCAAUUUGUUGUUGUCUGGCUUAUCCCCUAGAGAGUUUUAUAUGUAUGAUGUUCUCAGGAUGGUUCACAA